AUGACCAGCAAAACCGCGGAAGACGACAAAUAUGCUUGGCUGGAAGACGUAGAAGCCAAGGAAUGCCUGGAUUUUGCCAAGUUUUCCAACGACAAGUGCAUCCAAACUUUAGGAGAUCCAAAAGAUGGUCCUACCUAUGAUCGUGUCUUGAGUGUGCUGGAAUCUGAGGAUCGGAUUCCUCAUGUAUCGUCGUAUGGUCGUGAUGAAAGUGGCGAGAGAAUCCUCUUCAACUUUUGGAGAGACAAGGCAAAUCCCAAAGGAAUCUGGAGAAAGACUACUGCAUCCGAAUACGAGAAAAAAGAGCCUAAAUGGGAAGUUGUAUUGGAUGUCGACAAGCUCGCGGAAAAGGAUGGGAUUUCUUGGGUCUGGAAAGGAGCUAAAGCUCUUGCUCGAAAGAGGGAUCCAAUGUCCGACAAUGGACGCAUCAUUACUAGAGUGUUAAUGAACCUUUCUCGUGGUGGUUCUGAUGCAACUCAUUUGAAGGAGUUUGACUUGCUCUCGGGAGAAUUUGUUCCAGAAGGCGAGGCCUUUGUAUUACCAGAAGCAAAAACCCGUGCCUCCUACAAGUCGAGAGAUAUCUUGCUGGUUGGAUCUGACUUUGGACCUGACAGUCUGACAGAUAGUGGAUAUCCACGAACGGUCAGAGAAUGGGCUCGUGGAACCGCUGUGGAGGAUGCACCUACUGUUUUCGAAGGCGAGAAGACGGAUGUUGCUGUGAAUGGGUAUGUUGCCGAUGAACGAAGCUUUGGUGGCUCCCUGUGGCAGAUUCAUUCCAGGUCCAUCACAUUCUACACCAGCAAGUACUACAUGGCAAAACUUACUGAAGAUCAUCUACUCCCCCAAUCAGAGCGUCCAGAAGGUCUUCCAGAGUUGGAGUUCAAGGAGUUGGAAAUUCAAGAGGACGCAGAGAUUGACUAUGUUGGCAACAUGCUUUUCAUUUCCCUGAGAUCUGACUGGACGCCCAAGGAAGGUGGUAAAACAUACAAGACAGGCUCAAUCAUCUAUUGUGAUUGGGAAAAGUUUUUGUCCGAAGGGAAAGGAGGUUCUGAUUACCAAGAACUAUUUGAACCUUCCGACAGAACAGCAUACGAGUAUAUGACUUGCACAAAGGAUUACUUGAUUGUAUCCACCAUGGACAACGUGAAAUCGAAGCUUCAUUUCUACAAGAUUGGCGACAACGGAAACUCCUUGACUUUAGUCUCUGAAGAUUCCGACCCUAAGAUCCGGGAUUGUAGCGUUCGUCCAAUCGAUGCACUGGAGAGCAACGAGUUUUGGUUUACUCUCUCGUCGUACACACAACCCAGUACACUAUUCCUCGCAGAUGCUGAUAAAGUUGUUGAACCUGUUGAAAGUGCGGAAGACAAGUUUGUUGUUUCCAAGCUCAAGCAGCUUCCAGAGCAAUACGAUUCGUCUGGGCUGGUUGUCGAACAACGAAUGGCAACGAGCAAGGACGGAACUGAAAUUCCCUACUUCAUUGUCAUGAAAGAAGGGAUGGAAUUGAAUGGCAAAAACCCCACUCUAUUGUACGGAUACGGAGGCUUUGAGAUCUCUCUUGGGCCCCAUUACGUUGCCACAUCUGGACUUGCAUGGCUGGAGCGCGGUGGGGUCUAUGUGGAAGCCAACAUCCGAGGAGGAGGGGAGUUUGGACCCUCCUGGCAUCAGGCUGCUCUUAAGGCCAACCGAAACAAAGCUUAUGAAGAUUUCAUUGCGGUUGGAGAACAUCUUAUUGAAAGCAAUAUCUGCAAGCCAAAGACUUUAGCAAUCCGUGGAGGUUCAAAUGGCGGUUUGUUGAUGGGUAAUAUGUACACAAUGCGACCCGAUCUAUUUGGUGCUGUCCACUGCGCCGUUCCGUUGCUCGAUAUGAAGCGUUUCAAUCAGCUGCUUGCAGGUGCAAGCUGGAUGGCUGAGUAUGGAAACCCGGACACCAGCGAUUGGGAAGACUUCUUGUACAAGUACUCACCGUAUCACAACAUUGAUGAAUCAGUAGAGUCUUACCCUCCGAUGCUCGUGACAACAAGUACACGUGAUGACCGUGUCCACCCAGCACACGCACGAAAAAUGGUGAAGAAGCUUUGGGACUUGGGCGAAGGAAAGAACUGGCCAAUCCACUACUACGAAAAUAUUGAAGGUGGGCACGGUGGUGCCGCAGAUGCCAAGCAAUCAGCCUUCAUGACCUCGCUUGCCUAUGAUUUCAUGUUUGCCACCUUGACAAAGAAUGCUGAGGCCAUGGAAUAA